AUGGGUACCCCUCAACUCCUAUUCAUAAUCAUUCUAUCAUUCGUUGCCGUUGUACUAUGUGACGCUGAGGAUCCUUUCCGAGAAUUAAAAAGCAUUAAUCCGAUUAUGAGGUAUUGGGCUCAAUCGAGGCUACGGAAGAAACUGCCGCUGCUAGAAAAACUUGAUUUGAAAAAAAAAGAAACAGCGGAUUCGCAAAAAUACCGCAACUGCUACUUUUCACCGGUUCAAUGUCAGUUACCAGUCCUAAUCAACAUAGACCCGUUGGCCAGUGCUAUAAAGCCAGACCUGCAGCAGGACUUCUACUCGCGCUACAGAAGGUUCUCGCAAAGUAUUCUAUGGAUCCGUCGACGACAAUUCCUUUACCGCCUCUCUACUAUAAAUGUUCAAAGUAUCGUCACAGCUUAA